ACCCCCUGCGGAAACAUAAUGACCGUAUGCACGGGAGCUGUCAUGAGGAAUUUGCUGUGUUUACCCCCAGACCACAGCUUCUACGAACCACACCGGACGAUUGGAAGUUGUUCGAGGGCUACAAAGUAAAGGCAAAAAAUUGGAUGCGUUCUUCAGAGUACGGUCACACAUCGAAACACCACAGGUAAAACAGGACGGGGAAGUUUUGAACGGGCUUUAUGGUAUCUUUUUUUCUCAUGUAAAAUAAAUACAAAAGACACUCCCCGUCCUCUCACAUCGCUGCUUGUCUGCAGAGCGGAACGCUCGCAUUGGCCGUUUCCUGCCGGCGCCCCAGUCGUCGAAGAGAAGGCAAGGAAGCGGAAUGGCCGAGAAUAGCAGCGAUACCAGCGGACAAGACUGCAGAAGGUGCCCUGUUCUGUCUUCCCCGGGAGGUAAACUCCCGACGUCUUUCAACGGAACGUCGAAAUGGGUACGACUAAAUGUCGGCGGCACCCAUUUCCUAACAACACGACAAACCCUCUGUCGGGAUCCGAAGUCGUUUCUAUACCGCCUCUGUCAGGCGGAUCCCGAUCUGGACUCCGAUAAGGAUGACUCUGGAGCAUAUCUGAUUGACAGGGAUCCUGUGUAUUUUGGACCGGUCCUCAACUACCUGAGACACGGGAAGUUGGUGUUGAACAGAGACCUCACAGAGGAAGGGGUCCUGGAAGAAGCUGAGUUUUAUAACAUCACCUCCUUAAUAAAACUCAUCAAAGACAAGAUCAGAGAACGAGACACCAAAACCACCCAGUUGCCUGUGAAGCAUGUCUACCGGGUUUUGCAGUGUCAGGAGGAGGAGUUGACCCAGAUGGUCUCCACCAUGUCGGACGGCUGGAAGUUUGAGCAGCUUGUCAGUGUAGGUUAUGGGCGGGCCCAGAAGUCAGAGUUUCUGCUGAUUGUGUCUCGCGAAGUGAACUGGGAGGAGGCUGUUCACCCCGCUCCGAGUGGAGAGCUGGUCAGCAUCGGCUCCUCCUACAACUAUGGCACGGAGGACCAGGCGGAGUUCCUGUGUGUGGUCUCCAAGGAGCUCCACAACCAACCCUACGGCCCCAACAGCCAACCCAGCGAGAAAGCCAAGAUUUUACAGGAACGCGGCUCCAGAAUAUGAGCACAGCACCGCACAAAACCUCGUCACGGCCAGACAACGAAACAUGCAAAACUCAUAUCAGCUUCCCUGUUGAAAAACAAAAAACAUAUCAACGCACGUCGGCGACAACCACGACAACAACAAAAACAUGCCACGAACACGAGCCAGGACCUGCCAAGGACACUCCCAGAAAAGAAAAAAAAACAGGGACACACACACACACACACGCGCAAGGCAAGACAUAUCAACAAGCCAACAGCACGACAUCACGUCACCGUCACCCUGGAGGACGAAGCAGGAAGAAGCCGUCUGAUGAUCCUCCUGCCUGCCUGCCUGCUCACCUUGACUAAACAAUUCAGCUGUAACGAACACGGUUAAGUCAUCAACCUGGCCUACAGUUGACCUACAGAAAGUGGUAAACCAGCUUAUAGAUGUCUUUGCAGCCAUCAGCGAGUUAAGGGAGAGAGAGGACUCCGGCGUCUUCUAUUAGCUGAUUUACAACUACUUCCAGGUUUGACUUAACCCGGUGUCGCUACUGAGCCACCGUCUUGGAAUCCUUCCUGCUCACUGGACUGUAAACAUUCAGCUGUAAAUACAAGGGAAAAGGGGGGGUGGGGUGGGGUGGAGUGACGUCGCAACAGAUCUCCUCUCUGUGCCUGUUCAACUGGAUCUGUUUUUGUUCAUUUUUGUCUUUUUUUUAAUUAAUUAAUUAACAGUUGUUGUUAUUAUUAUUUUCGGUGGGUCUUGCUGUUUUUAGAUCAGGGCCUGUGUUGGUUCAUCAAACGUCUCCCACUGAAGAGAGUACUGAUGAGCAUUAUUAUUAUUAUUAUUAUUAUUAUUAUUAUUAUUAUUAUUAUUAUUAUUAUUAUCUUCUUGACCUCGUCCCAACACCACCUCCUGUUAUCCUCCUCUCCUCGUAUCUUAACCUUGCUAAUUAUCAGCACUGGCUCUGUCUGUCCCUUGAGACACUUCAUGAAAAACAUUCCAGGGAAUCACAGAGCUGGGAAACAGAUGGGGUUCUUCUGCAGCUUGCUCAGAGUUAUGCCUUUCUCUCGCCUAGGGCUGCACAAUAUAUCGAAAAUGUAUCGAUUUCGCGAUAUCAAGAAUGGCGAUAAAUAAGAAAAUGACUUAAUUAUCAAUAACAAAUAAAACAUUUUCUGUGCAGUCCAAUCACUAGCUGAAUGUCAACAAAUGCGUGAGAAGCCCGCCACGACCAAAGGCUCGCCCCCCCACACAGACUGACAAAUUAGUGACAAGAAAAACAUUAUGAUAUAUUUCUAAAUAUCGGUAUUGCAUGCUAUUAUCGAGUAUCAAUUUUUUUUUCUGAUAUCGUGCAGCCCUACUCUCGCCCCAUAAAUACUGUAGGCUACAGUUGAGUCCUCUUUUUGUGUGUGGUGGAGACGGAGGCAAUAUCUCGGGUUAGUUAGUAACCUGGUGAGUUUCGUUUUAAUAAUUAAAAUGGAAACGAGUUGA